AUGUCCGGAUACGUCAGAAUGGGCCGCGGGGGUGCGGGCAACACUUUCACCCAAACCGAACUCGAGAAAAAGGAGGAGGAUAUCGAGGCCCAAGAGCCCAAAACUGCGCAUAACGACGUUGGCGUCGAAGAGACAUCCCCGCCUGGUCCUCCGGCAGGGUACAAGCACAUGGGCCGCGGCGGCGCCGGUAACUGGUUCGUUCCCUCAGAACUCGCCGGCGGCGUUCUCUCCGACCAAUCUGAAGCGCCAACGCCCGAGCCGCCGGCCGAGCAUGCUCAGUCCGUACGGAUAUGGCGAGGUCGGGGUGGCGCGGGAAACUAUGCUGCUGAUGCACCGCAACAAAUUGAGGGUGUCGAGAAGGCGGAGGCGGAGUGGGCAAAGGCCGAAGAAGCGAAAGUUAAGGCGGAUGUGGAGCAGACGUUACAGAAGCCCAGGCAGGCGCACAUGAAGAAUGGGGAGAAAGCAGACCCUGAGCUUGGGUGGAGGGAGGCAGGGUUGUAG